ACUAAUUAGUCAAGUUAAUUAAUAAUUACACACAUAAAUAAUCCAGAUUCUUCUGCUAAUUAGCCUAUUAAUGACUCAGAGCCUAGUCAAAGUUAGUAUACAAAGUAUUCUAGUUUACAUUCUUACAUCAAUCUUUUACAAUUAGUACAAUUAUAUAUAAUUACAUCAUAGUUAUCUUCUCAUUCUCCAAUUAUAUGUGUUUCUUUUGCUGAAAAGCGUAUCCGUAAUCAUUAUUCGAUUCAUAAUCUUUGUUAUCCUUUCCACAUGUAUAUUAUUAUUAUUUGCUAUCAAUACAGAUACAACAAUUAAGUAGAAUUUUGACUAAUUGUUCAGACAAGAUACACACGUUUAUUAAAGAUUUAAAAGUUUCGGAAUACUAUGAAUCUUUUGUAUUUAAUAUGAGCAUUAAAUAGGUAAUUUGUGUGUUGGAAAAAGUGUGUAUUAAAUCAAAAACAAGGAAGAGAAUAAUUAAAACAAAAGAAACAAAAAAACGAAACGUGAAUAUUUGAGAAAAGAAAUUUAAUUGAAUUCAAAGAUCACCAAAAAGGUUUAUUAUAAAUAUUAAAAGUUCACGAAAAAAGAAAAAGAACGAAAACGCCGUUGGUGACCAAUUGAAAACGGAACCUUGAAGACAGAGGAGUCUCUGUCUUGUCCAAAUAAAAGAAAAAACCAGUUUAAGGUCUUUGUCAUGUUUUUUAUUUUAUAAUUUAAUUUAAAUAAAAUCAAACUGUACAAAUCAGAUCACAGUUAUUUUAAUUAAGUAAUGGUAUAAACCCUAGUUGGAAUUACAAAAUAGGAUAAAUAAAUUAAAAAUAAAAUAAAGAAGAGAGAGGAAAAGGUGAGAACAGUUAAUGGCGGAGCAGUAUAAGGAAUCGCGUCUCUCUACAAAUCUUCCAUAACUCUGUAUCAUCAUUCUUCUCUAAUAGCAAAAAAAAAAAAAAAAAAAAAAGCAGAACAAGAAAGAACUAGUGUUUUGAUGUUGUUGUUAGUGGAGAAGAAGAACAAAAAUCAAUCUCUCUCUCAAGAGUUCUCGAGAUGCGAGCUCAGUUCUGUAGAAAAGGAACCUUCUCUGUACUUCUCCUCUUCCUCCUUUUGAUUCUCAUCUUGCCCAAUCUUUAAUCUUCUUCUUCCUUCAGUUUCACUCUUUCUUGUUUUUUUUUUCUCUCUCUCUGUGAUCAAAGAGAAAGUCAAGAAUCUUCUUCUUCUUGGUAUCAGAUCUGUUUCUUGGUCCAUAAUUACGUAAUAGAGGGUUCUUGAUCUAGGGUUUAUUUUUGCUUGCAAAAAAAAAAAAAUAAAGAAUCUGUUUCUCAUCCAAUUCUACCCACCAUUUUUUGUUGUGGGAGAUUUUUUUUUUUUUAAUUUUCUUACAGAAAAAAUUUCAAAGAGUUUUAAUUCCUUUUAUUUUCUUCAUUAAAAUCUGAGGAGAGAAAAUCAGAGGGAGGAGGUUUUUUUUGUCUCGUAAGUAAGAAUAUUUUGAUUUGUUUAUGGGAAUACCUGAUGGUUCACUCCUAGAUCUGAUUGUUAAGGUUAGGUCUUGGAUAACUUCUGAUCCAAGCGAUUCUUCUUUGUGCUACUCUUCUUCUCAACACUUUGAAACCAUGCCUAUUGUCUCCAAAAUGUGCAAUGACUGUGGAGGAGCCAACCUCCACCACGGCGGUUACUAUUGCCUCAGCUGUGGCCGUUUAUGGUGCAAGAGCUGCUACUCUGAAUCCGAUAGACAAGAAGAUUACAAGAAGCUUUGCAGAGAAUGUGACGGUGAGGUUCUUGAGUUGAGAGAAAAAGGAUAUGACAAGGUUCACCCUCGUGAUAGCCCUGAUCCUCCAUCUUUCCUAGAUUGCAGGAACAUUGCUUCUAUUCGUUGCUAUCCUCGCAGGGGAGAGGAAGAAGAAGGAAGUAGAAGCUGUGGUAAUAAGCAGUUUCUAAGCCCUUCAAGUGAAUACUAUCAGGACAGUUCAGAUAUAGAGUCAGGUAGUGUUAGUGCUAGGCAUGAGCAUUUUAGUUGUAAAUCUUCUGCUGGUUCCAGUCCUCAUGACAGUCCAUUAAGGAACAAUUUUAGUCCUCUUGGGCGCUUUGUACAGCACGCCAAAGACCUUAGCCCUAGAGCCAAGCCAGUUCAGGGGGCCAUGGAACCAGAAGAGGAGGUAGAUACGUUGCAACAACCGUUGGAUUUUGAGAACAACGGCCGCAUCUGGUACCCUCCACCUCCUGAAGAUGAGAAUGAUGAUGCUGAGAGUAGUAACUACUUUGCGUAUGAUGAUGAUGAUGAUGAUGACGAUGAUGUUGGGGACUCUGCUGCCGAGUUUUCAUUGAGUAGCAGCUUCUCUAGAGAGAAGCUUGGAGAGAACAGUAAUGAGCCUCUUAGAACGGUGGUGCAUGACCAUUUCAGAGCUCUUGUUGCAGAGUUAUUACGUGGAGAGGAGCUUGCUCCUUGUGAUGAUGAUGAUGGCAGUGCUGGUAACUGGCUUGAUAUUGUCACUGCUUUGGCAUGGCAGGCUGCGAAUUUCGUGAAGCCUGAUACUCGUGAAGGAGGUAGUAUGGAUCCAGGGAACUAUGUCAAGAUCAAAUGUGUAGCAUCAGGGAAUCAAAAUGAAAGCAUCCUUGUCCGGGGAAUAGUGUGUAGCAAGAACAUAACACACAAGAGGAUGACAUCACAGUACAAACAUCCGAGGGUGCUUCUUUUAGCUGGCUCUCUUGAGUAUCAGAGAGUUGCUGGCCAGUUAGCUUCCUUCAACACUCUUCUCCAACAGGAGAAUGAUCAUCUCAAGGCGAUUAUAGCAAGAAUAGAUUCACUUCAUCCUAAUGUUCUCCUAGUAGAGAAGAGUGUAUCUUCAUAUGCUCAGCAGUAUCUUCUAGAGAAGGAUAUUUCAUUGGUGCUCAAUGUGAAGAGGUCAUUGCUUGACCAAAUAGCGCGUUGCACCGGUGCUGUUGUAUGCCCUUCUGUAGAUAGUAUCUCCACUGCUAGGUUGGGACACUGUGAACUUUUCCGGACAGAGAAAGUGUUGGAGCAACAUGAAGCUGGGACUCAGUCCAACAGGAAGCCUUCAAGGACAUUGAUGUACUUUGAAGGGUGUCCUAAGCGCCUAGGUUGCACCGUUGUGCUUAAGGGAAGUUGCCGCGAAGAGCUGAAGAAGGUUAAGCAUGUUAUUCAGUACGCUGUGUUUGCAGCUUACCACUUGUCAUUGGAGACUUCAUUCCUUGCCGAUGAAGGUGCUUCUCUGCCUAAGAUAAGGCUUAAGCAACCGGGGAUGGUUAGGUCAGCUUCUGAAAGGAGAAUAGUUGAUGAUGGCAUUUCUCUAGUGACUCAUUCUCCUUCAGAGAAAGAUCAUGAAGACACAACAUUGAUGCAAGAGCAUGAGGUUUGUGAGGAUUUUGAUCCAAGUCUGAUAUUCCCAUCAUGUGAAGUUGACACUGAGCAAUCUGAUGCCAUGUAUGUUGGAGACAUCCCUGAAACACCUACUCAAGAGGUCAGAGGUGAAGAGGAGAACUUGCCACAACAUGAGGGACAUGAUGAAGAAGAUGUUUCUAGUGAAUAUUUCUCUGCUGCAGACUCUCAUCAGAGCAUUUUAGUCUCUUUUUCAAGCCGGUGUGUUUUAAAAGAAUCAGUAUGUGAACGGUCAAGACUCUUGAGGAUUAAGUUCUAUGGAUCCUUUGAUAAACCUCUCGGAAAAUAUCUGAAAGAUGAUCUCUUCGAUCAGACAUCAAGUUGUAGAACGUGUAAGGAGGUGGUUGAUGCGCAUGUCCUCUGCUACUCUCAUCAGAAUGGAAACCUUACCAUAAACGUUAGACGUCACUCAUCCAUGAAGCUUCCUGGUGAACAAGAUGGGAAGAUAUGGAUGUGGCAUCGCUGCUUGAGAUGUGCACAUGUGGAUGGUGUCCCACCUGCUACUCGUAGAGUAGUUAUGUCUGAUGCUGCAUGGGGACUGUCUUUUGGGAAGUUUUUAGAGCUUAGCUUCUCUAAUCAUGCAACUGCGAACCGUGUUGCAUCCUGUGGCCAUUCACUUCAGAGAGACUGCCUUAGAUUCUAUGGAUUUGGGAACAUGGUUGCUUUCUUUAGAUACUCUCCUAUCAACAUUCUUACUGUCUUCCUUCCUCCAUCGAUGCUUGAGUUUAACAGCCAUCCACAACCUGAGUGGAUAAGGACAGAGGCAGCAGAGCUUAUGAGUAAGAUGAGGACUAUGUAUGCUGAGAUAUCUGGUAUGCUCAACCGCAUGGAAGAGAAGAGUAGUUUACUAGAACCUGAACAUUCUGAAGCCUCUGAUCUGCAGAGCCGCAUAACGGGUUUAAAAGAUCAACUAGUGAAGGAGAAAGAUGAAUACAAUGAUGCGUUGCAGCCUGUUUUUGUGGAGAAUCUGCAAAGUCACGGGAGUUUGGACAUUCUUGAGCUGAAUAGACUGAGGAGGGCACUCAUGAUUGGUUCUCACGCUUGGGAUCAUCAGCUUUUCUUGUUGAACACUCAACUCAAAAAAGCUAGUGAUGGCAAUGCUUCUAGGAGUCUGGAGAUUCAUGAGCCUCCAAAGAGUGACCAGAGACCACAUGAAGGUUCAGAUGAGAGGGAAGGAAACGCCCAUUCUGAUGCAGAAGCUAAUGAUGACAAUAAAUAUCCGGACAAGCUCCUCUCCCCUGGCUCCUCCCUGUCCGAGAGGAUAGAUUCAGCAUGGUUAGGCUCGUUUCAUAGUGAGGCAGAUGCUAAGUCUCCCCUCAAGAGACUCGCCAGACCAAUCCGGGUGCAGUCUUUUGAUUCAGCUAUACGGUUUCAAGAAAGGAUCCAAAAAGGUUUGCCACCAUCUUCUUUGUAUCUCAACACACUCAGAUCUUUCCACGCUUCUGGCGAGUACAGGAACAUGGUGAGGGACCCUCUCUCUAACGUGAUGAGGACUUACUCACAAAUGUUGCCACUAGAAGUACAGAAGCUGGAUCUUAUCGUUGGUUCAGCGCCUACAUACAUCUCCUCAGCUUCUCAGAUGGCUGAUGGGGCUCGGAUGCUGAUCCCUCAACGCGGCUUAAACGAUAUAGUGAUCCCUGUGUACGAUGAUGAUCCCGCUAGUGUUGUCUCUUAUGCUCUUAACUCAAAGGAGUAUAAAGAGUGGGUUGUUAAGAGAGGCAUCCCUAGGAGUAACAGAGAUUCUGAACCUUCUUCUACAUUCUCUACUUGGCGUUCUCUAGGGGCUAUGGAUGUUGAUUACAUUCACCAUGCAGUGUAUGGAUCUUCUCAAGAUGAUAAGAAGUCUCCUCAUCUGACUAUCUCUUUCAGCGACCGCUCUUCCUCUUCCUCUGAAGGUAAAGUGAAGUUCUCUGUGACGUGUUACUUCGCAACACAGUUUGACACUCUGAGGAAGACUUGCUGUCCAAGCGAAGUGGACUUUGUGAGGUCCUUGAGCCGGUGUCAGAGAUGGUCUGCGCAGGGAGGGAAGAGUAAUGUUUACUUUGCCAAGUCAUUAGACCAGAGGUUCAUCAUAAAACAAGUUGUCAAGACAGAGCUGGAUUCUUUUGAGGAUUUUGCACCUGAGUACUUCAAGUACAUGAAGGAGUCUCUCAGCUCCGGGAGCCCUACUUGUCUUGCUAAGAUCCUCGGUAUCUACCAGGUCUCAAUUAAACACUCUAAAGGUGGUAAAGAAACAAAAAUGGAUUUGAUGGUGAUGGAGAAUCUCUUCUACAACAGAAAGAUCUCUAGGAUCUAUGACCUCAAGGGAUCUGCACGGUCACGGUACAAUCCAAACACAUCUGGAAAAGACAAAGUUUUGCUAGACAUGAACCUGCUUGAGACACUUCGGACAGAACCUAUAUUCCUAGGGAGCAAGGCCAAGAGAAGCCUAGAAAGAGCUAUAUGGAAUGACACAAACUUCUUAGCUUCUGUGGAUGUAAUGGACUACUCAUUGCUGGUUGGGUUUGAUGAAGAGCGUAAAGAGCUGGUUCUUGGGAUUAUUGACUUCAUGAGACAGUACACAUGGGACAAGCACCUUGAGACUUGGGUUAAAGCUUCAGGCAUUUUGGGUGGACCCAAAAACGCCUCUCCAACAAUAGUGUCACCAAAACAGUACAAGAAAAGGUUUAGAAAGGCCAUGACCACUUACUUUCUCACUGUUCCUGAGCAGUGGACCUCUUGAUUAAAGUGAAAGAGUGAAUCAUUUUUCAUCAUUCUUUUGUUAUUCUACAAUAAGAAAAAAAGGGGAAUUGGUUUAACAGACUGAUACAACAUAUACAGGUUGGGACCUGACUGAUUGAUUUGAUCUUUUAUUUGUUUGUGUUUGGUGUGUGUGAGUGUUGGCUUCUCUGAGUAUGGAGAAUUGUAUAUUGUAUUUAUCGGCUAAACUUAUGCCACACAACUUGAAAGAAAAAAAAUACUAAUGAUUUGCCAUUUUUCUUUUAU